UAUUAACAGAAAAAAUACAAAAAAAUAUUAAAAUAAAUAUUUAAAGUGAAAAAUAUUGAAAAAAUAAAUAUUUAAAAAUUUAAGGAAAAAAAAAUUUUUUUGCUCAAAUUUAAUUAAAAAUUAAUUAUUUUAAUUAAAAAUAAAUUAAUCUUUAUUAAAAACCAAAAAAAUCAUAAAAAUUAAUCUUCUUUCGUUUAACAUCACGACAGAUAUACCUUUCUUAUGAUGAAUAUACUAAUUGUUAGCACGUUAUUUUUAAUCCUAAAUAUUUCACAAGAAAUUUAUGCAAAUCCGCAUCACAGGAGAGAACCUGUUGGUUUUCAGGGCACUCGUGGCAGACGAAGCGUGGAUUUCGACAAUAAAAGUAUUAAUAGUAAGGAUGACAGCGUUCAGACAGAGCAAGAAGCUCCCUUUUAUGUAAAUAGUGUGACAACCGAGAGUAUUAGCAAUGACGAGCCGGUCGGUACGAGUCCGUCGUCAUUGUCAAUUGUCAAGCGGGCCCCUGCAAUGGGCUUCCAAGGUGUACGUGGCAAGAAAUUUGAUGAAUUUUACGCGGAUCUGGACAAGAGACUUCCGAUGGGAUUUCAGGGUGUACGUGGCAAAAAGUUGCUAAUAAAUUACCCGCAUCUAUGGUAUUAUUCACCGAAACGUGCACCGAGUGGAUUUAUGGGAAUGCGUGGCAAGAAAAGUUAUGACUACGACGAGGGCGCGCUGGAUAAACGAGCGCCUUCAGGUUUCAUGGGAAUGCGUGGGAAACGACCUGAAGACUUUGAACAGCAGUACGACAAUUACAGCAGCAACGAUGACGACUUGAGACUGUAUCAAGCAUUGAUGUCGGGAGCUGAUUCGCUAAAUCAUUGGUACGAAGAUCAAUUAAAUGAACUCGAUCCGAACAACAUUGAGGAGUACGGGUAUGAGAAGAGAGCGCCUGCGGGCUUUGUUGGGAUGCGAGGACGUCGAUUUUAUGACAGCGAUUUAUUCCAAACGCUCGAAAGUAAGAAACGAGCACCUUCGGGCUUUACAGCGAUGCGUGGCAAAAGAGCUCCGUCAGGUUUUAUGGGAAUGCGCGGUAAGAAAGACGACCCCGAAAUGCUAGAUAAUUACGAAAAACGAGCGCCAGCUGCAGGAUUUUUGGGCAUGCGAGGCAAAAAGGGGCCCUUGGUAAGUCUAUAUAGAAAGUUUGCUUAUUUACAGGGAAAUUCAUUUUUUGGUACGCGAGGCAAGAAAUUCCCCUACGAGUUUCGCAGUAAAUUUAUCGGUGUCAGAGGAAAGAAGGCCUUCAAUUCUGAAAAUGAAAUUGAAGAAACCGAACAGCUCGAAAAUAACAUGGAAAAACGCAAACCCAACGGAUUUGUCGGAAUGAGAGGCAAAAAAGAUUCCGAGUCAAGUCAGGAGUAAAGUGAGCAGUUAAGUACAAUGAUGAACAUAUAACGGCUAAAAAAAAGUAUUAAUAGAACUUAAGUUAUAAUUUUUUAUUUAUUUUCUUCCGUGGCUGGGUUAUUUUUUAAAGUAUUAUAAAAAAAACAAUUAUUUGACAUCCAAUCUUCGUGAAAUCCGGAAAUUUGUUAUUCAAUUAAAUUAUUUAUUCGAAAAGUUGCAGAGAAAUGUUUGCAAAAGUAAUUUCUCGUUGCUACUGAUUUUAAUUUAAAAAUAAUCAUUUUAUGCAGAUUCAAGUUUAGUUGACUUAUUUUUGUUAGAAAAGGCAGCGAAAAUAUAAUUUGAAAAUAAAAUGGAAUUAAUGAAAAGUGAAAAAGUUAGCAGAGAAAUUUAUCGCAUAAAAAUAAAUCGAAUAAACGGGUGAUAGAUAAAAAAAAAAUAUAAUAAAAAGAAUAGUGAGAGAAAAUAGUGCAAAACGAAAAAAAACACAAAACAGAGACAAACGUGGAAAAGGUGUUUCAGUUAAA